AUGACCGAGCCACUUUUCCGAUUUGUGGUUCUCCGGUCCCCCAUCAAGGGGGAUCCGAACCGCCCUCUCAUCCCCCUGUCCUCGACCCCUCGAGACAGUAUCCAGGCUGUAUGCAAAGAUUUCAUCAAAUCCAACCGGUUCGUCAGCUCCGCCGACGGCACCGACUUUCAGAAUAAGCUUGUCCAGUUCAGCUUGCUGGUCGACAACCUAGAGCGGGCUGGAGCUGCCCAGCUGGAGCCUGUCAUCAACACUGUAGAACAAGUCUUUGGGCAACAGCCCUCCAACCUUGUCAGGCAAGAAGACUUUUUGAGCCUCAAAGGGGCCCUGAAGGACUCGAUUGUUGCUGUUAAAUAUGUUCAAGAGGCACACGCUCUCCCCCUAGCGGCGAUUGCGGACCAGCUUCGCGACAUGGAGCUAAUCGAAAAGGCUGUCUCAACUCCCUCUACCUCGCAGCCUCGUGCCGUUUCCUCCGAUGCGGAGACGCAGCCUGAGGAGCACCCCAGACGUAGUGAACCAGGCUGGGCCCCACACAAAAACUACAACGUCGGGGACCGCGUUCGGUUUGAAGACAUCAUCUACGAAUGCAUCCAAGCCCACAGAUCCCAGGUGGAUUGGGAACCUCGGGUUACCCCUGCGCUAUGGAAGGCCAUCAGGGCCUGUGAACCUGAAGCUCCUGAGAUCGACGUCCAGCUCUACCGAAAACGCACGUUUUUGCUCCCUCUAGACUUGGAUCUCAAGUCCAUCCUGGCCAUGGCUGCCGACGAGAAGAUAAAGGAGCUAGACAACCAAAUCAAGGCAGCCAAGGAGGCCGAAGAGGAAGCCCAGAAGCUUUUGGCGAAGCACAAAAAUCUCAGCUUGGCCGUGACUGAAUUGGUGAAAAUCAAUCCUAACCAACUUCAGGUCACCGUACCAGAAAACCACACAGGGGCGGAACUAGAUUACAGAAGCUCGCUGAGGAAAGUUGCACUCGCUAGGUCUGACCUGCCUAUCAGGGCAGCUGCCGGCGGUCCUACUUCCAGCGCUGCAGCCUCUGCAUCCCUCGCCGAUGAGGGCCCCCAGGACCUACCCCAGCUCCUGCACCAGCAGAGCCCACAGGAGCAUUUUCCCUCGCCAAAGAUUUACUCAGUUCCACAGGGAUUCUUGGGCCUUUGGGGCCCCAUCGUUAAGGGCCUUCGCAUGGAGCUGGAUGAAGUGUUGCGUGCACUCCAGGAGCUGGUACCUUCGGGCGAAAACGUCACCUACUCCCGCAUGGGGUCCGCUUUCAUCGUAUCAAGGACCAGUUCUGUCCAAGGCUACAUCUCUAUUGUACGGACACUGGUUCCAAUGACAAAGGGCAAGGUCACGCCGUCGGGGGUAGCUUACCUACUUGUUGUCAAACAGACGCUCAAAGGCUACCAGGGAGCCGAUAUUGCCCAUGUCGAAAAUGUGCUCAAGGGGGAGACCAAGCACAGGACGCACAAGAAGACGACGAGGACCGAGGGGGUCAUUAACAUUGAGGCCGAGACAAAUUCCAGCGAGGAGCACGAGCUGUCGACUACAAGUCGGUUCGAGAUGAGUAAGGAGGCGUCCAACACCAUCAAGGACGACCAGAGCUUGAAGGGGGCCGUGAGCAUCGACGCAAGUGUCGAGGGCAGCGUGAGCCGGAGCGGCGAAGAGGUCAACAAGGCGGCGAGCAAAUACAGCGAGGACGUGCUCGAAUGGACGGUGAAAAAGAUCUCCGAGAGGGUCUUGGAGAAGCGGUCGACAACCUCUGUGAAUGAAAUCAUCGAGGAAAACCAGCACGGAAUCAACAAUGCCAACGGCACCGGACACAUUUCGGGCGUCUAUCAGUGGCUCAACAAGGUGUACGAGGCACGCGUCUUCAACUACGGACUGCGAAUGAUGUUCGAUUUCAUGGUCCCCGAGCCCGCUGCGUUUCUCACCUACGCGGUCGCCGAGGCCGCCACCAAUACCGAGUCCGGCCUGCUGCUGGAGAAGCCGUCGACUUUUGCGCUAAGACCGGCAGAUAUUAACGAGAACAACAUUGGCAACCUCAUUCUCAUGUACCAGGCCACCGACGUGCUUCCGCCGCCCGAGGACUACCUCACUAUCAGCGACCAAAGUAAAUUCGGCGGCGGUGACCCCAGCACCAGCUACAGCCACGGAGCCAUCCUCUCGGUCCCUUCUGGCUACGAAGCCGUUUGGGGCACCAUCUCAAUUGUUUGGAGCACAUGGAAGCAAGAGGCAGUCAUCGACGCCCAGGUCGGCAGUGAAACCCACCGGUUCGAGAAUAAUGGCAGGUGGUCGUGGGGCACAAGCCUCGCCAACCCAUACAGCGGCAGUAAAGUUGCCAGCGGCGGGUCCAUUCCCUGGGGCUUCAGCACCUGGAGCGCCUCAGACGGCGUGGUCUCGGUCGAGGUGCUAUGCCGCGUCACGGACCGCCGUAAGCAGCAGUGGCAGGCUGAGACCCACGCCAGAUUGAUGACGGUGUACAAGGCCCGCAUGCAAGAGUAUGAGGAAAAGCUCGCCCGCCAUAAGCUGCAGGAGGGUAUUACGAUCCAGGGAACGAACCCCACGGCGAACCUAAACACCAUCAAGUCCGAGUUGAAGAAGCACAGCAUCUCCAUCCUGACCGCUCAGCACUAUGAUCUCUUCAACUCUAUCACCCACCCUGCUCCAGGUGGACGACCAGAGAUCAACCUGCACGAGGCCCAGGCCGAAGGCGUCUACGUCCGUUUUUUCGAACAGGCGUUUGAGUGGGAUCAAAUGAUUUACAUCACAUAUCCCUAUUUCUGGGGCGACAAGUCAAACUGGGUCUCCAAGCUAACGAUCAACGACCCGGAUCCCGUCUUCGACGAGUUCCUCAAAAGCGGGUUCGCUCGGGUGGUCGUGCCCGCACGCCCCGGGUUCGAAGGCGCAAUCGACCACUUUAUGCGCUUUGGCGAGCCGUGGAACGGCGGGCCCUUGCCGGUCGUCACAAGCAACCUCUACGUUCCCAUUGCCGAUGAGCUCGCCGAGCGGCUUGGCAAGCCGGGCCAGGAGGUUCCGCAGGGGGAUCCGUGGGAGGUUACGUUGCCGACGACGCUGGUGAAGCUGAGGGGUGAUGAUAGCUUGCCGGUUUGGAAGAAGGAGGGCGGUGUUUGGGUGCCGGGGAGCUAA